AUGCUUUCAUCCGGAUUUUCAGGUGCACCCAUCUCGCGCCUGCUCGUCUUUGGCGUGGUGGGUGCCGCCUUCCUCGCCAGCUUGACAGACACAAAGGUCUUUUGCUGGAUCGAGAUCCGGCCACAUCUGCUCGAUUAUGGCCAGUUCUGGCGACUGUUGACCUGGCAGUUUGCCUACACCAACAGUGCCGAAGUGCUCUUUGCAGCCAUGACCUUCUACCAUUUGCGCAUCAUCGAGCGACUCUGGGGUAGCAGGAAGUUCGCCUCCUUCAUCUUGUCCACUUUCCUUUACAACGCAUUACUCCCACCCAUUCUUCUGGCGGUAGUCAUCCGGCCUCUCAGCUUUGGCCGCAUCAAUUACCUGCCAUCCGGGCCGACACCGCUGGCAUUCGCGUUGCUCGCGCAGUAUCACGCUGCAAUCCCCUACAUCUACAAAUAUCGCAUAUCGGGAGCCAUUCCCGUGGGAUCAUCUGCGGAUCGAGAGUACGGCAUGAUGCUCACAUCCAAGGCGACCUUCUACCUUCUUCCACUGCAGCUCGCGUUGUCUCAAUUGCCAGGCUCGGCUCUAGCGGCAGGGAUCGGAUGGAUCGUUGGCUUUGCAUACAGAAGAGAGAUCUUGCCAGGGGCGUCAAGGUGGCGUGCUCCCACGUGGUUGGUGGGUGGGAGCGAACAGAAGGAGCGAUUCGAUCAUCUGAGGCGCAGAAUGGAAGGUGAAGCGGGUAGGGCUACGGGAGUGGAUACCGCAGGAGGCGGAGAGGGUGCGCAGAGACGUGGCUAG